AUGUCGACCGACUUCCCGCAUGUCCUUCAAGUAGCCUCAGGGAGACUCGAAUAUAACGAUGAAGCAUUCCGGUUUAUGAAACAGAGCAAAUCGUUUUCUAAGGUCCCCCUGAUCAACAUUUUGUGGGUUGAACUUAACGAUGAGGAUCAAGUCGUGGUCACUACGCUCGCACCAACAAGUGGCAAACUAGCGCUGCACCCAGUCGUGGCAGAGCUCAGAAAGUCAAAAGCGAAAACGCAGAAGGAAAAGGACAAAGAGGCAGAAGAGAUACGGCAAGAGGCUCAGCGAUGGGCAGACAAGUUAUUAGACGCGGCCUACAAAGGCCUGAAACGAAAUCGCAAAUUACGCGCAUUCUUGAAUCCAAUUGGCGGCAAAGGCAAAGGCGCGCAUAUCUAUCAGCAUGAAGUGGAGCCAAUAUUUGCAGCCGCUCGAUGCAAAGUCGAGUUUACCUCGACUGCGUAUCAAGGCCAUAUGGUCGAGCUAGCACAAAAAGUCGAUCUAGACGUGGACGCGAUCGUGGUUCUCUCGGGAGACGGUGGCAUUCAUGAGGUGGUCAACGGACUCGCAAAACACGAGCAGGCGGCGCGAGCGUUGCGUAUCCCAGUUGCCCAAAUCUCGACCGGUUCCGCGAAUGCGGUUUGUGUCAACAUCUUGGGACCAAAAGACGCAUUUGACAUUGGUAAAUGCUGCCUGAAUGCCAUCAAGGGGCGUCCUAUGAAGCUGCCAAUCUACUCCAUCAAGCAAGGAGACAAGAAAUACUUCUCGUUUCUCACUCAGGCUGGUGGACUAAUGGCAGACCUUGACCUAGGUACCGAACACCUUCGGUGGAUGGGAGACACUCGCUUUGUUCUGGGAUACCUGAGAGGAGUGGUCUCUAAGAAGAUUUGCCCAGUUGAGAUAGAGUAUCGACUCGUCCAAAGUGACAAAGUCCAAAUGGCGGCAAGCGCCAAGACAAGUGUACAUGAAACACACUUUCAUGAAGAUGAAGAUAUGCACGACGAAAAUCACAAGCUACCAUGGCACGCAGACGACGAUGAGCCAGAAGGUACCGAUGGCUGGACAAAGUUCGAAAAGCCAGUCAUGUACUACUACGCUGGAGGCCUUCCUUAUGUUUCUCGGGAUCUCAUGCAGUUCCCAGUGGCCAAUCCAUCAGACGGAUGCAUUGACCUGGUCAUACAGUCCCGUGCUCCUCGAGCAAUUAUGCUCAAGGCAACGGUGGGCGCAGAGAAGGGAGAGGCAUACUGGAUAGAUUCUCAACAUUACUUCAAAGUCAGCGGCUACCGCGUCAAGCCCACGGGCAAGGGAAACUUUACGGUUGAUGGGGAGGGUUACCCGUUCGAACCAUUCGAACUAAGAGUACAUGCAGGGCAAUUACGUGUCUUGAGUCUGGAUGGACGUUUAGACAUCAGUAGUUUCACGCCGGACGAUGCCAUUCUGGAUGCUACUAAGUAG